GGCACCUUGGACGCUCACUUUCUUUAAUUGCUUUUCAAAGGGUUGUCGUCAACUUGAUCUCAUCCUCUUCUAAGUCUGCUAACUCCCAGCGGAGCAGCGACGGCCAAGAUGUCACAAACGAAUGUUGUACACACCGACUCGAUACACGACGAGGACCCUCACAAUGAGCCAUCAAAGAAACAGAAGAACAGACGCCCAGCCAAUACCGCGUUUCGUCAACAAAGAUUGAAAGCAUGGCAACCUAUCUUGACCCCCAAGACGGUCUUACCUAUCUUCUUUGCGAUUGGGAUUAUAUUCGCUCCCAUCGGUGGUCUCCUCCUCUGGGCAAGUGCAAGCGUACAAGAGUUAGUGAUUGAUUAUACCGACUGCAAUACCACUGCAACAACCUCCUUCACAGCCAUCCCUGAAAGCAAAGUCUCAACCUCCUUCAAGUCGUCCAACACCGUUGCACGACCACAGUGGAGAAGGACAUUGAACACGACACACCCUCCCCAUAGUGUCGAGAUACCGAACACACCCGUCUGCACCUUACAAUUCUCGAUUCCGAAUGACAUUGGCCCGCCUGUCUAUCUAUACUACCGUUUGACCAAUUUCUACCAAAACCACAGAAGAUACGUCAAGUCUCUUGACACAGAUCAACUGAAAGGGAAGGCCCUCAGUAACGACACGAUCGGAACCAGUUCGUGCAACCCGUUGAAACUGGAUCACAAUGGCAAGGCAUACUAUCCUUGCGGCCUGAUCGCGAACUCCAUCUUCAAUGAUACCCUCAACUCGCCCGUGGCAGUCAGUACUUCAGGUGGUCAGGAGAGUCAGCAAUACCGAAUGACGAAUGAGGGAAUUGCUUGGAGCUCCGAUUCCUCUAUGUACAAGAAGACACAUUACACAAACUCCCAAGUCUCGCCUCCACCCAACUGGCACAAUCGUUAUCCAAAUGGAUACACAGAUGAGAACCCGAUUCCGGAUCUGUCACAAUACGAGGAAUUCCAGGUGUGGAUGAGGACGGCAGGAUUGCCCACUUUCAGUAAACUUGCUCUGCGCAAUGACAACGAAACCAUGACUGCGGGCACCUACCAAAUGGACAUCUAUGACUUCUUCCCUGUCACGGUGUAUUCCGGGACCAAAAGCAUCCUUCUCUCAACGAGGUCCGUCGUUGGCGGAAAGAACAACUUCUUAGGCAUUGCCUAUGUCGUUGUGGGUGGUCUAUGCAUUGUGCUUGGAGUUGUCUUCACCAUUGCCCACCUGAUUAAACCAAGAAAACUUGGUGACCACACCUACUUGAGCUGGAACAACGCCGAUGGACCUUCUACGGCCAUAUCCAGCGGCCGAGAUAUGAGGCCCGGAGGUGCCUAGUGACACGAAAAGUGUAUGAGUUUUAAUGUUGACGACUUUUGUUCUGCUAUAAGUUACAGGAGUUGGGCACUGGCGUUCCUGGAUUAUGGCAAGUGAGGCUCACAAGACACAUUUAGUCUGGAUCGAUCCUAGAAUCUAUCAUUCGCCUUCGUGUCGGGUUGAAUUCUUACUGAGUGCAGCUGGCAAGUCACGGCAAAUGGAAUUCCACAUUCCUUGUUACUUUCAUGUCGCCAUG